CGCGGCGCCCUAGCAGAGCGCGGGGCACGAUGUCCGACGCGGGCGGCGGAAAGAAGCCGCCAGGGGAGUCGCAGUCAGGGCUAGGCUUGGGGCCAGGGCGUGCAGCUGGGGAAAGGGGCCUGCCCGGCUCCUUCCCGCUGGUCCUGAAGAAGCUGAUGGAGAACCCCCCGCGCGAGGCGCGCCUCGAUAAGGAGAAGGGGAAAGAAAAGCUGGAGGAGGACGAGGCCGCGGCAGCCAGCACCAUGGCUGUCUCUGCCUCCCUCAUGCCACCCAUCUGGGACAAGACCAUCCCAUAUGACGGCGAGUCUUUCCACCUGGAGUACAUGGACCUGGAUGAGUUCCUGCUGGAGAAUGGCAUCCCUGCCAGCCCCACCCACCUGGUCCAGAACCUGCUGCUGCCUGUGGCUGAGCUGGAAGGGAAGGAGUCGGCCAACUCCUCCACUGCAUCCCCACCAUCCUCCUCUACCACUGUCUUUCAGCCCUCUGAAACCGUGUCCAGCACAGAAUCCUCCCUGGAAAAGGAGAGGGAGACGCCCAGUCCCAUCGACCCCAACUGUGUGGAAGUUGAUGUGAACUUCAACCCUGACCCUGCUGACCUGGUCCUCUCUAGUGUGCCGGGCGGGGAGCUCUUCAACCCUCGGAAGCACAAGUUCGCGGAGGAGGACCUAAAGCCCCAGCCCAUGAUCAAAAAGGCCAAGAAGGUCUUUGUCCCCGAUGAGCAGAAGGAUGAAAAGUACUGGACAAGACGCAAGAAGAACAACGUAGCGGCCAAACGGUCGCGGGACGCCCGGCGCCUGAAGGAGAAUCAGAUCACCAUCCGGGCGGCCUUCCUGGAGAAGGAGAAUACGGCCCUGCGGACGGAGGUGGCCGAGCUGCGCAAGGAGGUGGGCAAGUGCAAGACCAUCGUGUCCAAGUAUGAGACCAAGUACGGGCCCUUGUAACCCGUGUCCUCCCACCCAGGCGGGGCACUGCCUGCACCUCAGACCUCUGCCUGGGGGCGCCCUGAAACCCACACACGCGUGGAGACUUAAGACCCGUCAUCCGCGAAUGACGGCGCACCUGCUCCAGGAGCAGUCACGUCUAAGCUUCAUUAUAACACGGCCAGAGCACAUGGGGACUUCCCCGGGCCAGCUUCCUCACAGGUGGGGAGCACGAGAGAAUCUCCGUGGACGGGUGAAUCGGCCUUAGUUUCUGUUCUUUGAUGCCUCAGCUGAAUCAGAAGGGGACCUCUGGAGUACCAGUCUCUCCUGUCACAGAGCACUUGGGCUCUUCUUGACUCUCCCUCAGCCUCUGGCCUGGGCUGCCAGGGCUGUCUCCACAGAGCGAGUCCUGACCAUUAUCGGCCCCCUCACGUCUUCUCAGGUCUCAGGGCGUGUUUCUGGGCAGGGCGUGUGUGUCAUUCACUUCACCCUUCCCACAAAGGCUUCGAGAGAAACAGAAGCUCGCCCCCACUCCUCAGUGAGUGUCUACACGGGUGGUGGGCCCAGGAGCGGGUCUCUGUGCAGCCUAGAUGGUGUUUGAGUUGUGCCUACAGCAGAAGUGUGCCCCACCGUUCUUAGCUCCUGCGCCCCUCUUCUCUCUGAGGUCUGGAAGCCAGGGAGGAGGCCCUGGCCAUCGGCUCUCUCUGCAUGUCACCUGCUGUGGAGCAGAGACUGCCAGGGCCAUUGGUCUCUGAGCUCUGACCACCAGGGCACAGGAGGCCUGUGGUCUCCUUCAGGUCACUCGUGGAGGCCACCUGAAGCUCUUGUUUGUCCCAUACGCUGAGCCUCUGGGCCUGCUGUUUAUUUUCAUCACCCAGUAACCAAUCUCAAGUCUUGGAUUUAAAAGGAACACUCCCCCCAUCUAGGAAGCUUUAACUUCCUGGAUCCCAGGAUGCAGCUUCCACAUGGUGUUUAGAAAACUAGCCUCCAUGGCUCCCCUUAUGCUGUGGGCACAAGAGUUGGGGCGUGUUUCUUGAGAAGCGCCUGUUUUUUCUUGCUGCGCUCACUGGUGUUGCCAGGCCAGGGUCUGCUCUCCAUGAGGCAGCAGAGGGCUCCCAGUGCUUCAGGAUCUGUCUUCCUGUGUGAGCCACCCACAGGGUUUAGCAGGCAGCCCAGCCAGGGGUUGUCAAGAUUGCAGGGCAGCCUUACAGGAUAGCAGGCUCUUGAGACAUUUGCCUGUGUCUAGGAUCCCCUCAGUCUUGGUCCCAGGAGACGCAGGACACCCACACAAGACUGGCAGUGGUGUGGAGGGGUUCUCAAGCGCAGCUGUGGCUUCCUGUGUACCACAACCGCUUUUUCUUGUGUGACUGGACUUGUCCUUUUGCUCUGCCGAGAAGAUUAACUGAGAAAUUCUGCCCUUUUUGGUCAGUUGGGGCACCUUUGAGACAGAUGUAUAUAUUUGCUCAGGGCAGGCAGCCUGUGGUGAAGAGGCGACAGAGGGGAUGGGCACACAUGGUCAUCUUACCACUGGCUUUAUUUAAGUGGCGGCCCAGGGGCCCGGGCCCCGAGCUCUAAGACUUUUCAUAAACACAGAUGUGAAGCCCCGGGGAAGACAUACCCUGGCCAUGGACCGCACCCCGAGGAACACCAGGGACUGUACAUGCAUCUCUCUGGGAGACUUGACAAAGAUCCCCGAGGCCAAGGGAGGUCACCCCUGCCCUCCAGGCCCCUGACUUCUACUCUGUGGUUCUGCGAAAACCAUGGACACACUUUUCACUCUGUUGUAACCACACACAGGGCAGUUGCAUCCGGCAUGUCAGUGUCCUGCCCGGGCAGCUCGCCCGCCCGGCACUUGCCCUCUGCUCUGGCUCCUCACCAAGAGGGCAGCUCUCAUUUGUUAUUGGUGGAAGAACCUCAAGCUUCCCAGCUCUUCAUUUUCUUUGGCCAGAAAGCGUACGGUUUGUGUUUUUUUCGGUUUUAUUUUUUUUUAAAGAAUGGACACUUAUCCCUGGCUGGCGCCCAGGUGCCAACCCAGUGAGUGGAUGACAGCCUGAUGUCUCUUGUCUUUGUCCCACCUUCUGCCUGUUCAGUGUCCUCCCUCCCCGCCAGGCAGUGGUAUCUGGUUCCUUCCCAAAGUGCUUACUUGGAAAGAGUGCAGCUGUGGGACUCUUUUAGAAGAGCCCCUUCAAGUCAGGAGCCUGGCAGGGACAGGAAGGAGAUAUGCGCGGAGGCUGGCAUUUUGGGGAGAAGAAGUGCUCGGGUAAGCUUGCCUUCUUCCCUGGCCCAAGAAUUGCAUCCUUGCAGGAGGACAGAGGUGGUGCCUGCUUGGUUUCUGUUGCAGAAACAUGCACCUCUGUGACUCCCUCCUGGACACUUUUCAUCUUGGAGCUAACAGGGACUGAGGCCCCUGCGCCCAGGUCUUUGACAUCUUCUAAAAACAUUGGAGGCUAGAGAAGCCAUCUGAAAUGGCUUCCCAUGGGUUCAAGGUGGGCUAGGAAGGGCCAUCUACUUCCCAAGGGUCCUGACUUCAGCUUCGAGGCAGCCUCAUUGCAACCUCAGAACAGACCAGUCAUGAAUGAGCUAGAAUGUUGCAAGCAUAUACAUGUAAUAAAUGUAUAUCUAGAUAAGGAUAUAUAUAUGUAUAUAUAUAUAUAUUUAGAGAGAGGGAAUUUUCCAGAUGGACAGCAGCCUUGUGGAGGACCUGGGUAACUCUUACUCUAGGUCAAAGGAAGGGGUUUGUCUGUCUGGGUCCUGAGGUUGGGGAAGGCACCUGGUGGUGAACCUUAACUUUUGGUAGGCAUCACCCUGCUGAGGGGCUCCUGUGGCUCUGGACGGGCAACUCCUGCAGUCCUCGGGUGAGGUGGGCAGCAGGAGUGGAACCAGCUGAGGAAGGCCCUUUAUGCUGGCCGCUCCCACUCAGGGCCCUGGGAGCUGAGUUCCAUGGAACACAAAGGGCCAACAAGCCCCUGGUUUCAUUGCAAAGCCCCACCCCAGAGUUCCUUUAACAUCUGUUAAUUUAAUUUAGUGCAAUAAUUUUUUCUAGAAAACGGCAAAGAUGACUUCCAGGUGGAUAUUGCUGUUUUACGGUUUGGGGAUGCCGGAACACCACUUGGUUUUAUUUUUCUAAGUGCAUGUGAUGUGUUAGCCAUGUGUAGGGCUCCACGUCCUCCCCUGGGAGCUGGCAUUCCAGUGGGCCCCUCUUUCCUUUACCUUUGUUGCGGGGAAAAGGCAAGGAGAAGACUCCCUUGGUCCUAGCUGGAGAGGGUGUAAGCAGGCUGUAACCCAUUGGCCUUAUGUGUGUAUAUGCGUGCGCGUGUGUCACUGCUGGUGGGCUGGAGUGAUAUGGCGGGAGAGAAGCCGGGAAUGUGUCCUUUUCAAAACAAAUUAAAUAUUUUGAGAAGAGAAUUGUGGGCUGUCUGCUUUGUACUCACCCCCCUUCGGUGUUUCCUUGGGGCUUGAGGGUCGAACCCGAAGAGCUUGAGCUCAUUAGAGCCCUCCCAG